AUGUUUGCUGUGUUGAAGUACUUCACGAAAACUCCCUCAAAACUUCCCGUCAACAAUCAAAUGCUGAAGCCUUUUCUAGAAAUGAGUUUGAAGGAGGCCUUAACAAAGAAACGUAUCUUCAUAGUAGAUUAUGAGAUAAUGGAUGGUUUACUGACAAAGCCGAGUUCCAUUGCGUUUUUUUAUCAACACAAUGAUGGGACUCUUAUACCGAUUGCUAUCCAACUAUUUCAGAAGCUAUCCAACUAUUUCAGAAGCGAUAACUCUGUGUUUCUACCGAGUGAUCCUGAAUAUACUUGGAUUCUUGCAAAGAUGUGGUUCAACGGCGCAGAUGCCAAUUAUCACGAAUCCGUUUCACUUCCUGAAUUUACUCAUUUGAAGAUGGAAGGUGUCGUUGCAAUAACACACUUGCAAAUAUACAUAAAAAAUCCGAUAUAUAAGCUCCUGAUGCCCCAUUUCUUUUACCUUCUUGCCAUCAACUGGACGGGAAUUCCAUUAUUGCUAGGCAAUAACGGAUAUAUUGUAAAGCUGUUGAAUAUUGGAAGAGAUGGAGCGACUGAACUUAUCAGGCGGAAAAACAAAAGCUGGCGAUUGGAUGUUGACGUUUGUCUAACAUUGACAAGCAUCAAUUUCACGUGCAGUGCUAAACACGAAGCUGUCACUUUCCGGCAGUAUGAGGAAUACGCCUUCCCACCAAAUUUUUCGAUAACCUUACGGGGAAUUUCACAAAAACCAAAGACAACUGAAAGAGGAGAAACUUCUGCAACAUCUUCCACAAGAAGAAACAAUGUACGACAAGCUGGUCAUAACAGACACACCGAGCACUGA